UGAGAGGCGUGCAGGUUAGGGAGGGGGGGUCAGAGGUCGCCGGGCCAGAAUGCGUUCCUGUGUUGCUAUGUAGUGGAGGGACACGUUCCCUCCUGCAAAUUCUGGAAGGUUCUUGAGUUCACUUAGGAGAGUGGCUGCGGAAUUCCUGGUCUCCGGCCCGAGGCGCCCGCUGGCGGAGCAGAGGCGCCGAGGGCGCUGCCAUGUUUGGCUGCCUGGUGGCGGGGAGGCUGGUGCAAACAGCUGCACAGCAAGUGGCAGAGGAUAAAUUUGUUUUUGACUUGCCCGAUUAUGAAAAUAUCAACCAUGUUGUGGUUUUUAUGCUGGGAACAGUUCCAUUUCCUGAGGGGAUGGGAGGAUCUGUCUACUUUUCCUAUCCUGACUCAAAUGGGGUGCCAGUAUGGCAGCUCCUGGGAUUUGUCACGAAUGGGAAGCCAAGUGCCAUCUUCAAAAUAUCAGGUCUUAAAUCUGGUUAACUAUUUGUAAAGUGUUUCAAGAGACAAGGAGGAAAUAGCGCAAUGCCUCAGUCAGGGAGCAUUCCAGUGACAUCUGCAGUGGAGAAUUAUAUGGAGAAUGGGAAACAGAAGAGGCCAAGAUUGGAAGAGCAGGAGAAGGAAGCCAGCACCCGUUUGGAGCCAUGAACAUUGUGCGGACCCCAUCUGUUGCUCAGAUUGGCAUUUCGGUGGAAUUGUUGGACAGUCUGGCUCAGCAGACUCCUGUGGGCAGUGCUGCUGUGUCCUCGGUUGACUCAUUCACGCAGUUCACGCAGAAGAUGUUGGACAACUUCUACAAUUUUGCUUCAUCGUUUGCUCUCUCUCAGGCCCAGAUGACACCAAAUCCAUCUGAAAUGUUCAUCCCGGCAAAUGUGGUUCUGAAAUGGUAUGAAAAUUUUCAAAGACGACUAGCACAGAACCCUCUCUUUUGGAAAACAUAACUUGAAUAAAAUAAUUUGUCAUGUCAUUUAAAAGCAUGAAGUCAAAGGGGUCAUGAAGCCUACCUUUCGAAACUGCUUAGUGACUAUGAAACGUACACAAAACCCUUAUGAACAUUAGAUACUUUGGACAAAGAAAAUGUUCAGUAUUAGUUACCUUUUCCCUUAUAAGUGUGAAAUACUUCUCGGAGGCAAACAUUUUGUAUCGGCUGUCAUUCAUUUCUUAAAAUAAAUCCUACUCACAGUAGUAGUAUUUGAAAUACCA